AGCAGAAGUAGCACUAGCCGUAGUAGUAGUAGCAGCAGCAGCAGUAGUAGUAGUAGUAGUGAGCAGAAUAGGAGUAGGAGAAGUAGUAGUAGCCGUAGUAGUAGUAGCAGCAGCAGUAGUAGUAGUAGUAGUAGUAGUAGUAGCAGUAGUAGUAGUAGAAGUAGCAGCAGAAGUAGUAGUAGGAGUAGCAUAAGUAGUAGGAGUAACAGCAGCAAUAGUAGUAGCAGUAGCAGAAGUAGCAGUAGUAGUAACAGUAGUAGUAGUAGUAGUAACAUUAGCAAUAAUCGUAGCAGUAGCAGUAGCUGCAAUAUAAGCAACAGUAGCAGCAACACAGUAGCAGCAGCAACAGUAGAAGGAGCAGCAGAAGAAGAAGCAUCAGCAAUAGAAGAAGCAGCAGAAGCAGCAGCAGUAGCAAUUGCAAUUGCUAGAUAUUGA